CUUUAAAAUAGGGAGAGAAAGCGGGAGUUAGCCGAGAAAUCACAAAAGCAGCAAAAGGAGAGAGAGAGAGAGAGAGAGAGAGAGAGCCUUCAGAGCUCAGAGAGUGAGUGAAAGAGGAACUGAACAAAAAUGUGACGUUAACUUCAGUGAAUAGUGUGUGUGUAUUUGUGUGUGUGAGAGAGAGAGAGAACGAGCUACUGGAAAGUGACGCGAGCAACCGGGAAUGACGACAGGGUUAGUGAAAGAGCAGAAUCUGGAGAAACAGAUUGAGAAACAAAUGGGUUGUAUGGCUGGUUUUCUGCAAAUCUUUGAUCGCCAUCAGAUUUUGACCGGAAAACGCCUCUAUUCAGCCAAGCGCCUCCCGCCUUCACCAGUUGCUGAUACAGCUUCGGAAUCGGGAAAAUCAGCUCCAGCGUCACCGGAGAUUUCGAGGGAUUCGGGAAAGCCAUUACCGCCGCACAGAGUGGCGUCGCCGAGCCCACAAAGGUCAAAGCAGACUCCGGAGGCAGAGGUGCGGUCACCGGUGGUGGCGGAGGUGCCGCCUAAGUCGCCUCUUCCUCUCCCGAUAUUCGAAUUGAAAGAAGGCACCAGGUCCUCGUGGAAGUUCUGCAAGGAAGCCCCAAGACUGUCACUGGACAGCAGAGCUACUACUGAUGCAAAGGGAAGUCUCCACCCGAAAGAGAUCCGAACAACUACCUCCAUUCUAUCUGUGGCGAAUCGUAGCGAGAGUAUUGCUAGUGAUACGACUGAUGGAGGUCAACACCACCGGUCUCCCAGUGUCAUUGCCAGGCUUAUGGGCCUAGAGCCAUUGCCAGAUUCAUCUUGUUCUGAGCCCGAAAAGAAGCCGGAGCUCCGGAGAUCCGCAUCUGAAUCGAGGGUCUCCAAAGAGCUCUUUCAAUCUCGAUUUACCGCAGACGGCAGCAAUUUCUACCCAAAGCAGCAAACUCAAUCGCAUUAUGCCCUUCCAAACAAUGCGAAGAAAGAUAAUGCACCAGUGAACGCACAUUAUGCAGAUCCAAGGAACCAUUCAGUCAAAAAUGCUAUUAAAGCUGAACCACCUGAAGGAUUGAACAGAGGCUGCCAUUCUACAUCGCCAUGGAGAGCUCCGCAGCACCGCAGAAGCUUCUUCGAUUCUGGGGACAUCUUCCCAGAGCCAAAACAGACCGUAUCAAUCUAUGGAGAGAUUGAGAAGAGAUUGAAAAUGAGAGGAAUAGACGAGCCAUCAAAAGAUUUAGAGACCUUGAAACAAAUCCUCGAAGCUCUGCAACUCAAAGGACUCCUGCACUCUAAACAACCGUCGCAGCAGAAUCAAAUCCGCCACCGGAACAUUGUUUAUGACGAGUCACCAAUCGUCCUAAUGAAACCUUCGAGGUCAUCACCUUCACUUAGCCGCAGGAUGGGAACUGAUUAUUCGCCAUCCAAUAGCAGAAAUCAAUUCCGUGGCGUUCGCCGGAAUUACAGCAUCGCUGGUGAAACCUCCCCGUCGGUGAGUCCCCGGAGGGAACGAAACGCACGGAGCCCUGCCCGAACCGGUCGAAGUCCAAGCACGACUACCCGGAGCAGCGAAGGCAAUGCGAGCACGAGGCGGUCAAACUCACUGGUCAAACCUAAGCCAUUGAGUAUUGAAACUCAGAGCAGAGCCAACGAGUUGGCGGAGAAUCGCAGAGCCUCUCCAGUUCAUUCACCGAAACUCAACACGAGACGAACCGGGCCGGAUCCAACGGCCAGCAAUCGAUCACCUAGGAGCAAGAAAGGGACGCCCGAGAUUCAUAAGAUCACGACAGUUGUCGUCGCAGAGGAUGAAUCUUCAUCCAUUUCCGGAAGCAGUAUCACUACAUCCACGGAUACAGAGAGGUCGAAAGCUGAGGAAUACAAGGAGGGAAGGAGUUUACUGGAGAGGUGCGAUAAGCUGCUUCACAGCAUAGCCGAGAUGGCUGCAACCGACAUGCAACCCAGCCCCGUGUCUGUUCUUGACUCCUCCUUCUACAAGGACGACUCGUUGACUCCUUCUCCCGUUACUACCAAACGUACUAUUGAUUUCAAAGAUCAAUCUGGUGAACUGGAAGAAGAACCAUGGAGCCCCGUGAUUUCGCCUAUCCGGUCGAAAUGCAUGGAAACAUCGGAUGACUACGAUUAUGUAUACAUCUCGGACGUCCUGAGAGCAUCCCAUUAUCUCUCUGAGGAUUCUGAUGUGUUUCUAUUACUAGAGAAGCAGCAAUAUCUCAAGGGGAAUGAUACUUCCAAAGUCUCUAGGCUCCAAAGGAAGCUGAUUUUCGACACGAUCAAUGAAAUUCUCGACAGGAACAGGUGGUUGCCUCCUUGGAAGGUUGUUGACAUCACAAAGCCAUCCCUUGAUAAGGUCUGGUUGGAGUUUCAGAGGAUUCGAGAACGUGACAGUGCUGAGGAUUUGUUUGAGACCGUUUGUGGUGUCCUGAGAAAAGACCUAGCGGGAGAUGCGAUUACAGGCUGGGGAGAUUGUCCGGUGGAGAUGUCGGAGGUGGUUUUGGACAUCGAACGACUCAUAUUCAAGGAUUUGAUCUGUGAGGCCAUCGGGGAUCUUGCUGCAUUGGCGUUUAGUGGCACAUUAUCAUCCGUGAUGCCUAGGAGGAAGUUGAUUUUCUGAAAUUCUGCUGUGAAAUAAAGAAGAAAGAAGAGGGGGUUUUGUGUUCAACUUUUGGAGUAGUAUAAUUUCUUGGAGAACUAGUAAUAUUGAUGUGUAAUGAUGUGUUUUCUUUGUUUCUCUUUCUUAGUUGUUAAUUAAUGCUGAUUAAUGCGAAA